CGCGCCCGGCAGAGAGCAAUUCGCGCACGGAGGCCGCUCGGCAGCGCCUCCCGCCGCUGCGGCACCAUGUGGCAGCCGGCCACGGAGCGGCUGCAGCACUUUCAGACCAUGUUAAAGACGAAGUUGAAUGUCCUAACUCUGCGGAAAGAGCCUCUCCCGACAGUGAUCUUCCACGAGCCUGAAGCUAUUGAGCUGUGCACCACAACGCCGCACUUGAAGACCCGGACUCACACUGGAUGCAAGGUUACGUAUUUGGGUAAGAUUUCCACAACAGGGAUGCAGUUUCUGUCAGGCUGCACAGAGAAGCCAGUCAUUGAGUUGUGGAAGAAGCACACAUUGGCCAGGGAGGAUAUUUACCCAGCUAAUGCCCUGCUGGAAAUUCGCCCUUUCCAAGUCUGGCUGCAUCACCUGGACCUCAAAGGCGAGGCAACGGUGCACAUGGAUACCUUCCAGGUGGCACGGAUAGCCUACUGCACUGCUGAUCACAACGUCAGCCCAAACAUCUUUGCUUGGGUCUACCGGGAGAUCAACGAUGACUUGUCCUACCAGAUGGACUGCCAUGCUGUAGAGUGUGAGAGCAAGCUGGAGGCCAAGAAGCUGGCCCAUGCCAUGAUGGAGGCCUUUAAGAAGACUUUUCACAGCAUGAAAAGCGAUGGCCGGAUCCGCAGGAACAGCUCCUCAGAGGAAGUAUCUCAUGAAUUUGAGUCUGACGAUGGUUGACUGAACUCAUCCAUGGUUCAGCAAGGGCAAAAGUAGCCUGGGGAAUGCAAGCUGAUAGAUGAAUAAGCAACAACUGAAACUGGGGAAUCAAGGGACUGCCAAACACUUGUCUGACCAGCUUUUUAAAUCUAAAGAGGAAUUCAGUACCUACAGAUAUGCAUCAUUAAAGUCAUUAUAUUACAUUGAAAUCAGCUGCUGUUACAAAAGUCAGAAUAAAGCUCCCUCCCUCAUCUCUCUCACCCAUCCAUUAUGGUCUCUUUCUUGUUGCUGUAGUACCAUCAAGUAGAGCCAUUCCUGUUUGUCUUAGAAGCCUGGUCAGGUUUCUAAGUUGCUCCUUUGGCAUUCCUGGCUAGGGGCUGAUGCACAAGAGUGAGUAGAUCUGGAAAGCCCUAACGGUCCCCAAAGGAUCUUUCUCCAUGAAGCAUCACAAAAAUCCUUUGACCAUACAUAGGCUGAGAGAGCCAUUCAUAGCCUUUUAGACUAAUGGCCUGGCAUUCUGCAGUUAAUUUACAUUUCACAGAUAGAAAACAAAAGAAGUUGCUUGUAUGUACACAUUAUAUAAUAUGCUAGCCUUUAUUUUAUUCAUUGUACCCAUUUUCUUAGUGUAUCAUCUGCUGCCAUGUCUUUCACCCAACGCCGGUAGUUGCCGUUUCAGACUAUCUACUGCAGGAUACCAAAAAGGAGUAGGCAAAAGUACUCCUCAAGUAUGGGCUAGGGGCAGAGGAAGCCAGUCUGUGCAUUUUCCAGCCCUGCAGGAGUGGACCCACUGGUGAGAGUGGAGGGGCACUUGGGUCUGUCAGUGUUUGAACUGUGACUUCACAUCAACCUCAGGUCUACAGUGACAGGAGCAUAGUCGCCCCCCACUCCGUGUGAUCAGUCCCUGCGCUGCUGGUCAGGUGGCCCUGAUGGGAUGGAGCUGGUGGUGGCCAGUGGCACGGCCAGGGCUGCGUGCCCACAGAGAUCAAAGGAACCAGGUCCUUAGGAGGCAGGUGGUGGAGAAGUUCACGCCAAGAUGUCUGUCUCUUUCCUUGCUCGCAGGUACACAGAGUCAUGCCUUUCUUAAAUGCAGAUGUUUAAUAAAACUCAAA